AAUGUAACAGCUCAGUUUAGCUCAAAGAAAAUGGCGGCCUCCGGUCAGCAGCGGGCUUUCGCGCUAAAAAUCAACAAGAACCAGCCUGCCGGUGAGGUGCGCCGUCAAGUUUCCUCAAGUUUCCGUGACUCGCGUGCCGGGGAUCAGGGGACAGCCACAAGUCCAAGUGUUGCUCUAACAGAUGUAGUGGAGCCUCUGGACUUUGAGGACUUUGUCUCACAGCACCAGAAUGCGUUGGAAAAGGAACAACUUCGAGAAUUUCUGGAUUUCCCCGUGGACGAUCUGGAAAUAGGCGUGGUCCCACGCGAGAUCAGGACUCUGGAACCAUGUGUGCCUCAAAAUGGGUAUGAACAAGACCCACAUGUGAAUGAUUGUAUUCGUGUCUACACACAAGACUGGAAUGAAGUCAUUAGAAGGUAUCAGCAAUAUGGGUCCGGGUUCAUGCGGGACAGUGAGCUCAGCAGGAGGUCCAACACUACCGGGAUGGUCAAGCAGGUGUUCGAGGUGGACGAAGACGAUGAUACCACACCCACACCUCAGGACGAUGAGGACCAAGCCAAGCGGAACUCCACAGACAUGGAAGGUACCCCCCGUGGAAGCUGGGCCUCCAGUAUUUUUGACCUGCAGAACUCCCAGUCGGACCCCCUCAUCCCCUCCCUGCUGGACAGGUUUCCAGCUGAGGAGAUCGACAGACAAAACGAACAGCAAAGGGUGGAGGGGCGCCACAACAAUAUCUUCACUGUCUUUCCCUAUAAUGAUGAGGAGGAGCCUUUGGAAAAGAGAGCGAUAGCAGAAGUACCAAAGGAACAUUUUGGUCACCGACUUUUGGUGAAGUGCCUUACCCUCAAGUUUGAGAUAGAAAUUGAGCCUAUCUUUGCAAUCAUGGCUCUUUAUGAUGCCAAAGAGAAGAAAAAGAUUUCAGAGAACUUUUAUUUUGACCUGAACUCGGACCAGGUGAAGAGCAUGCUGAAGCCACACAUGGCGUAUCCUGACAUUUCCACUCUCAGCCGCUCAGCUAUCUUCUCUAUCACAUAUCCAUCCAGCGAUGUCUUUCUUGUUAUCAAGCUAGAGAAGGUUCUCCAACAAGGAGAGAUCACAGAUGUGGCAGAGCCUUAUAUGAAGGAGGCAGAGAGUCCCAAGAAUCGUGAGAAAAUCCGUCAGACAGCUCGGUACUUCUGUGAGAAGCUGGGAGCGUACCGUAUGCCGUUUGCCUGGACAGCCAUCAACCUGAUGAGCAUUGUGAACGGGGCGGGCAGUCUGGAGAGGGGCACAGAGGCCCCUGAUAAGGACUCUUCUGGGACUUCUUUUGGUCUGCUCAUUUCAUGGAAGCAGGAACAACGCAGGACCAGUAAACUGGAGGACAGUUUCCGUAAGAAGAGUCUGACGGCCAUCGCUGGGUUCUCUGGCCUGCAGAGGAGCAGCUCGCUGGACCGCAGGACGGCCUGGAGGGAGGAGGGGGACUGGUCAAGCCUGGACACAUUCAGGGCCGUCACACUGACCGUCUCCAGUUUCUUCAAACAGGAGGGAGAUCGUUUGAAAGAUGAGGACCUGUACAAGUUUCUGAUGGACCUCAAAAGGCCAUCAUCUGUGCUAAAGAAGCUCAAGUGCAUUCCAGGUGCUUUGAAACUGGACAUCUCCCCAGCUCCAGAGAACUCCCCCUACUGUCUGACCCCAGAACUGCACAAGGUCAACCCUUACCCUGAUGCUCGGGGCAGGCCUACAAAGGAGAUUGAAGAGUUUCCCACAAGAGAAGUCUUUCUUCCACACACAACAUACAAGAACUUGUUGUACAUCUACCCUCAAUGCCUGAACUUCAGUAAUCGUCCAGGAUCAUCUCGUAACAUUGCAGUGAAGGUGCAGUUCAUGUCUGGAGAGGAUGAGGCUUCUUCCCUAAAGGUUAUCUUUGGGAAGUCCAGUUCUCCUGAAUUCUUGAAGGAAGCAUACACAGCUGUCACCUACCACAACAAGUCACCUGACUUCUACGAGGAGGUGAAGAUAAAGAUGCCGCCGCACCUGUCUGACAACCACCACAUCCUCUUCACCUUCUACCACAUCAGCUGUCAACGCAAGCAGGAGACCGGGCCUGUGGAAACUCCUGUGGGAUACACGCGGCCUCAACAGCUGAUCCCUCGAAAACUGGCUCAGGCCAUUCAGGAGACCGGUGGGCCCAUCGAGACGCCCAUAGGAUACACUUGGAUCCCUGUCAUGGCCAACGGUCGACUGCAGGUGGGAGAGUUCAGCCUGCCUGUCUCCAUGGAGAAACCUCCGCAGAGCUACUCUAUGCUGUCACCUGAUUCCUUCUCCAAGCCCAAUUAUGGGGUGCAGCUGCCAGGAAUGAAGUGGGUUGAUGGACACAAGGGACUCUUCACUGUUACCCUACAUGCUGUGUCAUCAGUCCAUACACAGGACCCGUUCCUGGACAAGUUCCUGAGCCUGUGCCAUGCUGUGGAGGACACGAACCGUGUGCUACCCACCAGGAUCGGGGAGGUGCGCAUCCAGGAGAGUAACCUGGAGCAGGAGCUGAAGAACAGUGUGCAGGCCCUCAGUCAGGCCCAGCCAGAACCACUGGUCACUUUUCUGUACCUCAUCCUGGACAAACUCAUCAGUCUCAUUGUGAGGCCUCCCAUCAUAGCUGGACAGAUAGUGAAUGUUGGUCAGUCGUCCUUUGAGGCCAUGGCUCAGAUCGUGGCCAGACUGCACACCAUGCUGGACUCCCAGGAUGCACAUGGGCGUAACUCCCUCCUGGCAUCGUACAUCUCCUACGUCUUUAGUACGCCACAAGUGGACCAGUCCAUUUCUCCAGGUAGUUCACCCGGCAACAUGCCUAGCGGCAUGGCAGGGCCAGGAAGUUAUGCCACCAUCAGUCGCUCGGGCAUGACCCGUCCGAAGAGCCUCAACUUGAUGCCGCAGCACCGCAACCUGAGUAACAGUGACCCUGACCUGACAGCGACCCCCAGCCCUGAUGAGGAAGUGUCAGAUAUCACUGGCAAGGGGUUUAUGCUGGAUAGGUCUCAGAGCGCAAGGUUCACAGACCGGCGGGGAACGUUACAGUACUCACAGACUCCUCAAAAGAGAAGAGCUCGGAAACGACGGGGCCAAUCAGAACGGAGCCAGCUGCGGGCCAGUUUCCGACAGUCCAUGGCUGAGGGCAGCCCCAAGGUGGAGGGGCUGGGAGGGAGACUGCCAAACAAGAAGAUUUUCCAUGAGGAGCUCGCCCUACAGUGGGUAGUUUCGAGUGGCUCUGUGAGAGAGCUGGCCUUGUCGCACUCAUGGUUCUUCUUUGAGUUAAUGGUGAAGAGUAUGGCACAGUACUUGGCUGCCACAGACAAGCUGGACACGCCCAGGAAAAUGCGCUUCCCUGAGCGUUUUCUUGAUGAUGUGUCCGCGCUGAUCGGUAUGAUGACUGGAGACAUCAUCGCCAGAUACAGCAAGGCUGAGACAAUACUACAAAGGACACACCCUGAUCACUAUUAUAGCGAUCUACAGUUGAUCCAGCACCUGAAUGCAAGCCUGGCAUUCUUUCUGACUGACCUGUUGUCACUCAUGGACAGGGGCUUCGUCUUUAAUCUCAUCAAGACUUACUGUAAACAGGUAUCAGGAAAGAUUGCUUCGCUGGCCAAUUCCACGACUUUAACCACACUUAAGCUGGAGUUCCUACGAAUCAUCUGCAGCCACGAGCACUUUGUCGUGCUGAAUCUCCCGUUCAUCGCGCCGGCUUCCCGUCCCGCAUCCCCGUGCCCGUCCAUCUCCAGCUCGACAUCGCAGAGCUCGUACAUCUCGAGCAGUACGGUGACAGACAAGGGCGCGGUGGGGGAACUGUCGGUGGAGUUCAGACAGCAGCACUUCCCUGUGGGCAUGUUGUUGUCAGAGCUGUCAGUGGUUCUAGAUGGGGAGAACCAGAACCUCCACCGCCAGGCCAUCAACGCCGUGCUGAACCUCAUCGCCAGCCACGACUGCGACCCUCGCUUCUCCGACCCCGAGAUCCGCUCCCACGUGGCCAAACUCUACCUGCCCGUCAUCGGGAUCGUGCUGGACAGCCUGACCCAGCUGAACGACGGGACCACGGAACAGAAGAACAACAACAAGGCACAGGAGGAGCAGCCCGCACCCAUCAGUCAAUCUGUUGCCAUGGCGAUAGCAGGGACGUCAGUGUACCGCCCAGCGUCGUCAUAUUCACUAGACACUAUGGGACAACAGAGUCGCUCAUCUACCCAGCUGACCCAGGAGUGCACCCGUAACCUGCUGAUGUGUUUCCUGUGGGUGAUUAAGAACCUGGACCGCCCCUUCCUCAGACUGUGGUGGUCGGAGAUGCCCUUCAUGAGGCUCAGCCAUGUGCUGGAGGUGCUGAUGGUCGCUGUGUCAUGCUUCGAGUACAGGGGAAAGAGGAAACUGAAGAAUCUGUCCUCACACUCCUUCAAGAAGUCUCAAGACGUUAAGAGUCGUCUUGAGGAGGCCAUCCUGGGGGGAGUCGGGGCCAGGAGCGAGAUGCUGAUGAGAAGGAAAGUCAGCGGACUGGGAGUCCCAGCUGGAGUGACCUCUCCCACUGCUGGAGGCAUGGCUGCUGAUACACGCCUCAGGUGGAGGAAGGACCUCACACACUGGAAGGAACUCUCAGAACAGGCAGACAGACCGAGGGACACAGAGAGUCAGGCCUUCAUGCAGGGUAACCUGGCAGCCGAGGCUAACAUGAUAAUCCUGGACACCCUGGAGCUGAUCGUACAGACUGUGCUGGUGUCAGACUCCCUACAGAGUCUCCUGGGCAGUGUGCUGAGGGUGCUUCUCCAUUCCCUGGCCUGUAACCAGAGCACAUAUGUGCUGCAGAACCUGUUUGCAACUCAGAGAGCCAUUGUCUUCAAGUUCCCAGAGCUGUUGUUUGAAGAGGAGACAGAACAGUGUGCAGACCUGUGCUUGCGGCUGCUGCGACACUGCAGCUCCUGUAUCAGCAACACUCGCUCCCACUCCAGCGCCUCACUCUACCUGCUCAUGAGACAGAACUUUGAGAUUGGAAACAACUUUGCCCGAGUGAAGAUGCAGGUGACGAUGUCCCUGUCGUCCCUGGUGGGUUCCUCCCAGUCCUUUAAUGAGGAGUACCUGCGCAGGUCACUCAAGACUAUCCUCAUGUACGCUCAGGAGGACGCUGAACUACAGGGGACCACCUUUCCUGAACAGGUGCGAGACCUGGUGUUUAAUCUGCACAUGAUCCUGUCAGACACAGUGAAGAUGAAGGAGUUUCAGGAGGACCCUGAGAUGUUACUGGACCUGAUGUACAGGAUAGCCAAGGGGUACCAGAAUUCCCCUGAUCUCAGGCUGACAUGGCUACAGAACAUGGCUGGCAAGCAUACAGAGAGAGGAAACCAUGCAGAGGCAGCCCAGUGUUUGGUACACUCUGCAGCGUUAGUGGCUGAAUAUCUCAACAUGCUGGAGGACAAACCCUACCUGCCCAUUGGCUGUGUCUCCUUCCAGAAUAUCUCGUCCAAUGUCCUUGAGGAGAGUGCAGUAUCAGAUGAUGUGGUAUCCCCAGAUGAGGAGGGGAUCUGUACAGGGAAGUACUUCACAGAGCUGGGGCUGGUGGGGCUGCUGGAACAGGCUGCCUAUGCCUUCUCUAUGGCUCAAAUGUACGAGGCCCAGAAUGAGACCUAUAAGAUCCUGAUCCCCAUCCACGAAGCUGAGAGGAGCCACAAGAAACUGGCCACCAUCCAUGGUAAACUACAGGAGGCCUUCCAACAGAUUAUCAAACAGGACCAGGCUGGGAAGAGAAUGUUCGGCACGUUCUUCCGAGUGGGCUUCUAUGGCAGCAAGUUUGGAGACUUGGACGGGGAGGAGUUUGUGUACAAGGAGCCGGCCAUCACUAAACUCCCUGAGAUCGCACACAGGCUGGAGAGUUUCUAUGCAGACAGAUUUGGCCAGGAUCUGGUGGAGGUGAUCAAAGACUCCAGCCCUGUGGACUCCUCCAGACUGCACCCCAACAAGGCGUACAUCCAGCUCACCUACGUGGAGCCGUACUUCGACCUGUACGAGAUGAAGGAUCGCAUCUCAUACUUCGACAAGAACUACAACCUGAGACGGUUCAUGUUCGCCACACCCUUCACAAAGGACGGGCGCGCCCACGGAGAGCUGACGGAACAGUACAAGAGGAAAACCAUCCUCACCACUGCCAACGCCUUUCCUUAUGUCAAGACCAGAGUCAGCGUCAUCUACAGGGUGGAGAUUGUCCUGACUCCAGUUGAGGUUGCUAUAGAAGACAUCCAGAAGAAGACAAAAGAGUUGUUCCUGGCCACAACUCAGGACCCUGCCGACCCCAAGAUGCUACAGAUGGUACUGCAGGGGUGUAUUGGUACUACUGUGAACCAGGGCCCUCUAGAGGUGGCCACUGCGUUCCUGACCGACCUGCCUGAUGACUUGUCUCUAGCCAAACACUACAACAAACUCAGGCUCUGUUUCAAGGACUUCUCUAAGAAAUGUAGCGAUGCCCUGAAGAAGAAUCGCAGUUUGAUCGGCCCCGAUCAGAAAGAGUACCAGCACGAGCUCGAGAGGAACUACCGGCGCUUUGUGGAGCGACUCAUGCCAUUGGUCAACGACAAACGGAUCAUUAACAUAAUGAGGAACACCCGAAGAGAUGCAGUUACUGGCUACAGAAAGACGACAGUGUAGACUGUGGUCCAGCCCAGGAAGACAAUAGAUGCCUUUAUACAUGGCAGGGAAGUGAAACGUUGCCUUCAGAACUGUCACACACAUUUGCACACAACAGCAAACUUCAUGAUCACCUAUGCAGUGAGGUAGCCAGAGAGCUGUAAUAUAUCGUGCCUGCACUGGGGGCUGUCAAAACUUCUGCACAAUAGACCAAUCUGAACUGUCAAUCAAAAUUAGCAGCUCAACCAAUAAGAGCGUGUCUAUACAUUGGUCAAAUUUUUGCAUUUCCACAUUUUGUCUGUUGUGCACCUUUCUGGAAUGUGCAGUCCCCUAAACUAUGCAGAAAUUCAUGGAAUCACAACAAGUUUCUUAAGGAUUUACUAGUAUUAACUGUGCCUAGAAUGUAAGACUUCACUGCAAUUCUAAUAGAACUCCGGUCUGUAGAUACAAAUGUUUGAGAGCAAGAGCAUUUCAUUAGCUCUAAGUCAGCCGAAUGAUUAAGGGAAAAUGCCUCAAUCUUUCAAGGUUUGGAUGAAUGGUUAUGGUGACACUAUAAACUGCUAUGGACGCUUCUUUUGACACAAUGUUGUGUCCAAGAGUAAUACCUUUGAAAGUACAAACAUUGGAACGAUCCAUGCAAACAGUGUCCCACACUCCUGUAGUAUAAGGAUAAACCCAUUGAAACCUUUUUUCAGGGGGGGUCUUUUCUUUUGACAUGGGAAUAUAGUAUGACUAGUACCCAGUAAUACAAACACAGGUCAGGUUCAUGUAUACUAGUAUGGCCAUCCAUGGCAUCAUGGUGAAUUAUUCCUAUCCCUGUGGGAGUCUAUAUUGUAUAUUGAGGUACAGGUAUGAUUUAUGAUGAGAUUUGUUUAUGACAUAUAAACUUCUGUCUGGUACAUUAUACAUCAGCAAAUUGAAUAUGUGUCAGGUUAGUUGAUGGUACAAAAUGUAGAAGGUUUUGACAAAUGUGUGUCUUUUCAAGUCUGUAAUUCACGUUAUUCAUUGUUCACAAUUUACUAGUAUAGUGUGCUACAGACAGUUGUCAUAAUAGAUUCUUGAAAGUUUCCUGUUAUACAGCUGUGAGUUCUGUUAUGAUUUAUGUUUAUUGUUUCCAUUUGUGUCAAAACCUAAGGAUAUGAUUUUUGAAUCAGAAUUCUUUCCAUUCCCAUUGUAUAUAAUACUACUGGACCAACUAAAUACUAACUGAUAAAUAAAUUAGUAUGUGCUUUAAUACAUUUGUAUAUCACGCAUGUUGCAUAAUAUUGUGCAUCUCUUGCAAGUUGUUGUUAUGAAUUUGUUUGAUGUGGAACUUACUCCAGUUUAAGUCUUUUUCUUCUCCAUGUUGACUAAAACAGUAAGAAGCAAUGUAUAUAUACAAUGUCAUGUAUUUAGAACUAGUUGAUAGCUCUAAUUAGAAAGCUAUUGUUUGUUACAAAAAUGUAAUAGUAUUUGUUUUGUUUUGUGGCAGCUAAAUGUAACAUAGACUGUGUUUGCAAACUUUCAUUAUGAGUAAUAGGCAUGCUUUGCUCUUAAGACACAUAUGAUUAAAACUAGCUGUACUUCAUUUGUAUUUACAUGUACCCUUUUGAUUGAUUUUCCAUAUGCUUUAGUAUUACUAAUCAUAUACUGAUUUCAAGAAAUAUUGGUAGGGAAAUACCCAUGUAUGAAAAGGAAAUACAAAUGUAUUAGGUACAAAUGUAUUAGGUACUAAAAUAGGGUUAAGUAUGUCAAGUUCUACCUUCAAGAUUAUUUGUCUUUGAGUACUAUCAAUAUGUAGACUGUACAAUGUAUAUUUGGUACUGUAUAUUGUUUCUUUGACAAACUUGUUUAGUAUCAUACUUAUAGUAUAUUAUUUUCUUUGAGAAGCUUUACAUUAAAUGUAUUAAAAAUGUGUGAAUGCCCAGGAUAGACACCUACUCUUACAAGACAAAAACUCCAAUUCUGCACCUGUACUCAAGCAAUUUAGAUAGCACUAAUGUAUAACUAGAAGUAGUCAAUAGACUGAUAUUUGCACAAUAUACCAUGUCAUUUAUCCAAUGACUAAUACAUUGUAUAUCAAAAUCUGCUGCUUAGGUGCAUGACACAUCUACAUGAGAGAAAAUAUAUCUUUUGAGAACCAUGUCAGAGAUGGCACACAGACAAGUUUAGAGUGCGGUGUGGUACCAUUUCUGAAAAUAAAGCAACCAGAUAUGGCAGACUUCACCCCAUUCAUGUAGAUCAGAUGGAUAGCCAGAAAGACACACCCAAAUCAAACACAUUCUCAGGCCCAAGUAUUGUACUCUUUGCACCUACUACUUUACAUACAUAGGUACCACACCUUGCUCUCUGUCUCUUCACAAGCUGCUUGUAGACGAUGCCUUGAGACCCAGUGAAGAAUCUUAGAUGCCUUUCUCAUCUCGCUGUCCUUCUCAACACUUCAGUCAGUGAUGUACUACUUGUUCACAGGCUGCAGGAAUAAACUAAUAAAAACAUUUGUAAAACA